GACACUGCCGAGUAUGAUUGUGGAUUGACUUCAAGAUUAUUCUGCCCUCUCUUCCUAUCUUACAUUUUGGCAGCGAGGACGACACUGCCGAGUAUGAUUGUGGAUUGACUUCAGUUUACGUUUAUCGUAGCGGAUGCUUGAGCAGGGAACGCUAGUCGGCGAAUGUUUUGCAUGGGGCGAGUGGAGACUUACGAUUCGUGUUUGACCCAUCUGCUGAGUCCAUGAAAGCUUCCGACACGACAAGUGGCGGUUUCAAGGUUGCAGACUUCAACGAGCCGCUUCUGUAUAGAAGAAUAGCCUCACAAUGCUUCGUCACUCCCCUGGGAGCUGGCUUGCAGUAUUUGAAACAGCUCGUGAUUACAAGUGGCGGUUUGAAGGUUGCACCACAAUGCACUCUGGAGCUGUCUGGAGGAGAAGUAAACCCACAAUGCACUCUGGAGCUUUCUAAAAGAGAAGUAACAGUGGCAGUGGAACUAAGUCCACACCUUGUGAACUCUAGUUUUAUGUUGUAGUUGGACACAAAAUGUAGUUGGACAAAUGCCUCAAUAGUUUAUUGCCUCGAUAUAUUAGCUCAAUAUUUCGAGGCGAGCUGUAGUAUUACAAGGGUGUGCAAUUUUUUCGGUUUGUCAAAAAUAACCUAGAAUACCAGAGAAUCAUGUGUGUUGAAUCUUAAAUUCGGUUUGCUUUCAACAACAGAAGUUGUUGAAGCAAGUAAAGUCAAAAUGCCUUCUCUUCUCUGUAGCAUAUGAGUAGUUGGUAGGUCGCCACAACGCCAAAACGCC